CAUUUUACGAUGGGAUAAUGAGACAGAUGUCUCUCAACUGGAAGGACAUUUUGACAUUGUUAUGUGUGCUGACUGCCUGUUUCUGGACCGGUACAGAGCUAGCCUUGUUGAUGCAAUAAAGAGAUUACUCCAACCCAGUGGAAAAGCAAUGGUAUUUGCUCCACUCCGAGGGAAUACUUUAAACCAGUUUUGCAAUCUAGCUGAAAAAGCUGGUUUCUCUGUCCAAAGACAUGAAAAUUAUGAUGAACACAUUUCGAACUUCCACUCCAAGGCAAAGGAAGACCUCCCCACCUUUUAAAAUCUAUAUCCAGGGUAGGACUACAUAACUACGUAACCUGCACAUUGAGAAUAUUAAGUACAUAAUUGAUGUUCUAUAAUGAUAUGCCUUAGGAAAUGUUGUUUACUUUAUCUGCACAGAAAAAUAUUCUCAUCC